AUGAAAAUCGCAAUCGGCAAGUACUAUUUUUUAUUUAUUUACUCUGCCCUUCAUUCGUUUGUUCCGAUUUUUUUUCUAUAGAAACGAACUUCAUAGCAAGGCUACUGUCCUCGUUUAUUGUUUCAUCCCUCAAAUGUCUUCUGCGUUGCAAAAAGAGUACAUUUUUGCGAAUUUUUUUGCCACCAAACACCAUGUCACUAAGUUGCUCUCCGGAGUCUAAACAUAUGCUUUCCUAACGUUCUGCCCCUCGGACGACUAAUAAGAUAUUCACACUUCUGAUUUUCGUACUCCGUUUGCAGUAAGCCACAUAUUUUCUGAGCAUUGAGUUUCACUUUGGUUCUGGGCAUCUUUGAAGUCUGCCGCCAAGAGAGCAGAAGUCGCCACUUCCAUUUUAGGCUUUUACACUUAAAAUGGGUUGUCGUAGUAAAUUUUAUAUCCUACGUACUUCACUGCCACUCCUUUAGGGUUAACGGAGGUCCCGUUUAUUGCCCGAUAAUGUUAUUUGCUAAAUUUCGCAUAAAUGCUGGAAGUCUAACUGUACGGUAACGAUUUCGUGCCUUAAAAUAAUUCCAAGUAGUGGACAUGAGGACAAUUUAAAGUGUCAUCCCAAACUCCGCUUGUCGACUGUGUUAGAAAUUUUCUAGGGCAGUCACUACCGUUAAUUGCCUAGUCGCAUUGAAGUCAACUGUCUACGCGCUAGCGUAUGCGGUCGCAUCACUAUCCUCCAUCGUCAGGGAAGACAGCGAACAAGGGUCACGCGAAGAACAGCAGGGAUAACAGGUCCUGCAGGCGGAUCCCAGCAUCGCCACGCCUGCCCAAAGAGGUGACUCAGGUGUUUGCGUUUAUUUGCGUCAAGUGCAUAAAGAAAACUAUCCGAAUUUUCAACGAAUAUAAAGCCUAUAUUCACUUUAAGAAGGACCCGAUGGCAGCUCGGCUUCCGCGAUCGACGACGUCCACCGUCUGUCCCACGCAGUGUGAAUUAGUUCUUAAUUAAGCUGAAGUUCACAGCGUUUACCACACCCUCACUUCCCACAAGCUUUGCUCUGAUGACAAGAUAAUGUUAAGGCGACUGGAGGUGGGUGCGGACCCUGUGGCUGACCAGACCGUCACCGCUUCCUGCACGCGAUCUGGUUCCUACUACCCGUACCAGACUUUCAUGAUUGCGGCUCGAAUCUCACAUUUUUGAGUGUAACAUUGCGAUCUGCCUCACAGUCCUUAAUUCACUCUAAAAUACUCUCAUGGGGACUGAGUUACCUUGCCAGUUAACAGCCUUCCAAACCACCGCUCUUAGCGCGUGAUGAUGGACUCAAGCUUUUUAGAUUUGCCAUAGUGAGGACCACCUUCAUGGACCGGACGGAAGCCUUCGACACAGUGAAUCGCGGUGAACUCUGGAAAAUCAUGCGGAAAUUCGACUGUUCUGAAUGAUUCACGCACAUGGUGUGCCAGCUCCACAAGGAGAUGAUGGCGCACAUCACGGACAAGGGGAACGUCUUAGAAGCAUUUACAGUGACCAAUGAAAUGAAUCAGGGCUGCGUAUUCGCCCCAACUCUCUUCCGCCUCAUGUUUGCUGUCAUGCUGGUGGACGUCUAUCGUGGAGGACGCCCCGGAUGUGCAUCGUCUACAAGGCCGACGGCCAUCUUCUCAAAAGCCGGCACAUGCAGUCCUCAACGCGCCUCUCUACGACCACUAUCCAUGACCUGCUUUUCGCUGACGACUUCGUGCUCAACACCGGAACGAGCUGACAUGCAAUGAAACCUAGAACUGGUAGAGGGGGCGCUCACCGAUCGUGUUACGGAACUCACUUAUUCCGUUUUGCCUUACGGGCUCUCUCUCAAGCCCAACCAGCAGCCUCAUAGCGGCGCGUAAUAUAGGCGGCAUAACAUUACCGACAAAGACAAAGGAGACUAAUGGCCAUUUCUGGCCUAUUAGCCGUCGUCAGCCAGUUAUACCCAAUGCCGAAGGGUAUAGGCGUGCAAAAAGCGUACUCAAAAAAAAACAGUGUUACUUUCCUCAUCGAUUUUUGAUAUCCUUAUAAAUUCGAAAAUAUUUUAUCGAAAACAUGCAAAAUAAUAUUACUUCUUGUUCUAAUUUCGUAGCAAAUAAUGUCUUUAUGAUUUUUACUCAGAGAAAGAGUAUUUUUCGGUUUAAGAGUUUUUAAAUUCACCAAUAAUUUUGAACUUGAUCUGUAGUUGCAUCUUUGUUUAGCGCUUUCGGCCUAAAUCUGUAUACAUUCCGUUUAAGGAAAAACAUGCAUUCCUUUAUGCCACCAGAAAAAUACCAUAUGAGGCUCACAAAAUGUUACUGCGGAAUAUGUUGUACACUUAGUGAGGAGCAUUAUUAAACAGACGGAUACAGUGCUUUUCUAAGGGACAUUUCACGGCCUUAAGGAAUCUCAUAAUUAGAAAGUUUUAAAAUCUAAAAAUACCCUUUAUUCGAGUAAAAUAUUUGAAGAAGGCAUGAUUCGCUACGAAAUGAGAACAAGAAGUAAUAUUUUCUACAUGGUUUCCGCGAAAUAUUUUUAGUUUAUAAGGGCAUCGAAGAUCGAUGGAAAGAAUGGAUACUAAUAAAGUAGCCAUUUUUACCGAUUUCGGUUUCUGCGAGCCUCCGAAAAGAAGCGGAUUCAAAAGGCGACAUCCCGGCUUGCUUAAAAUACAAGGAUUACUUCGCAGGCUAGUCUAUUUUACAGCCCCACGUAAGUAAUUCCUCCUAAUCGAGAACGCAUUUCAGAAUUUCGGCGAACAUCUCAUGAGAUCAGUCGCUGUUUAUACAUUUUUUGCACAUGCCUAUUUUCCUGUUUAAAAAGUUUUCCGGGAGGAUCGUGUCUGUAUGUCCCGUGUGCGGGUAAACUGACUCAGCAAUCUACAAACAGGAGAAGGCUGUCGGCAGGGAGACAAACAUGCGGUGGAAUCGUGAUUCGUUAAGCACGUGCUCCAUUUCAUCAUACUAUCGAUGUCCUCAUUUUUAGCGACAAACCUUGUGCUCAGUAGGUAAAUAAAUAUUGUUCCUUCAUGUUACAUUAGUAAAGUGAACCCAUCUCAUUUUUUACCAGACAUGAAUAUAUGGCUGCACCAGGCUGUAAAGUCGCGCGGGGCGCAAGGCACAAGCAAUCCCAACUUCUACCUCUCUAUUCUCUUUCGACGAAUUUGUAAACUCCUCUUCUUCGGGAUAAGGCCUGUAUUCGUGUUCGAUGGCGCUGUACCAGAUCUCAAAAAAGCCACUCUGGUAAGUGAGUACUCAAGACGCGCUCAGAAUCCAAUCUCCAUAUGCAUGGUGCUUUUUCCUGAUGCCUAGAGAACUCUGAUACUGACCGUAUUUGACUUUGCAGCUGCGUACAGUGGCCUUUAUUGUUUGCUAUUUCGAGUUGACAACAUUAGGUCGAAAAACUCGGGUUGUGUUCAGGAAGUGGCAGCAAUAUUUAAACCUGAGAAGGUGUCGGGCGUCCUUUUGCUAGUCCUCGGUCUUAUCGUCUGCCGAAAGUAGGUUGGAAUGUUUGAGAAUGUUACUUUCAAGCACUUCAUUUGAGCAGACUUUACAGCAAACGCUCUUCAUGAUGAAGAUACGUACAACUCAGAAAAUAGUUAGUCGGGAGGUUUUGCAGCGUGAUCUUUGCUGAUUACGCAUGGACACUCAGCUACUCUAUUACUACAUCUAAGUCUCCUUUAUAUUGUCCUGGGUCGUAAGGUUAAGGCAAACAUCAAAUAUAACAACACCACCUGACAGUCCGACCGUCGUUUCCGACUGUUUACCGUGUGCCCCGCAGCAGGGUGAGGGGGGGGGAAAAGGCAACUUGGGCCUCAACUGAGUGAGAGUGCCAUAAAGGCCAUAUUAGAACGAAGCCUUUACAGUCUGACUCUUCAUCACGAGAGGAGGACCGAGUUAUCCCGUCAGUUGACAGCCUUCCAAACCACACUUUCAGCGCACCGUGAUAGAUUCAAGCGUGUCAGAUUGUCUAUAGUAGGGAAUGUGCACUGAGGUCGACCUCAUUCUCUUCUCCGCCCCAGACACCAGUAGUUUAGUGUCCGGGCCGGUCAGUUGUCUGAUGUGGCGAUUCAUCGCGGUGGCUGACAGAGCUAACAACAGCCCGUUUGUGCGUUCCAAACACACGACCUGGUCCUCACAAAGCACACCAGGAUUUCACACAAGAAGUGUGGACUUCUCAAAUCUAAAUUGUGCUCAAGUAGCAGAGUAGUCACAUGAAGAAGGGGCCGAAGAACACACUUCUAACUUACGUGCGAGGUGCCUAGUCCGUGUCUGUGGUGUGUAAUUUCAGACUUGAUCAUAUGGGGUACAUUUCUUGAUGGGGGUGUGUGGCGAUGUCGUUUAGUUUGCGGCGGUUUACCGCGGAUUUUCAUAGAGGCGCAUGUUACCGAGUAGGCCCAUGUGAUGGCUGAAUGUGUGUGUGUGCAGUGCAGACAGUUGAGGCGAUGGCGACGGGUGUUUGUUUGUGCGCCAGACACUGGUUCGCCAGUCUCUGUGUGCGAUGAAUUCGCAAUUGGCCGAUCGAGCCAAUGCGCGACGUGCGUGUGCCGUGGCAAUAUGGGCAAGAUAGGCUAGUGGCUGUUGAGUCAGUUGCUGUUUUCAUGCUGCCAGCACUGGCUGCGCUGAUAGAGGGGGAUUGGUGGCGGUAGGGUUGUUGGGUGUGCAGAAUGCGAUUGGUGUGUCGGCAUUACGGUGAAUUUCGCUUUCGUGGGUAUGCAGGUGAAUGUGCAGGUGAGUGAAUGUGCGUGGACAUUGGGGACGGAUACGACGUAUGUGAGUCAGGACUCCUGACACUGGUACGCCGGCCAUAGUACACGAGUUUUAAACUGACCGAGCAGGCCGGUGCGUGAGGUGAAUGAGCAAUCACACUGAGGACAUAUUGGGACCGAGUCCACAUUGCUGGUGCAAGGUGUGAUAGAUGCGGUAGUAGUGAUUGGCAGGGCGUAGGGAGUGUGCCAACGGGUGAGGCUAGUCGUCGCCAGCGUUGUGGUAUUGAUGAUAGAGGCGGUGUUGGGCGACGGAGGGGCAUCGGUAGUUUGCUUAGUGGUGGUGAUGAUUGCGGUUGUCCACUUCGUGAGGAUGGAGGUGGAGGCGGCUUCUGAAACUGAAGAACGAAUUUCGCGUUGUUAGCACACUGGGUCCGGAGAUGUCCGACGAGACCAUUCCGUGCGCGAAAUGUCGGCUGUUGUCCCGGACACGAUGGAAACGAUUGACUGUCGGAAUUAUUGAUCCGCCGGGUUUGAGACGUGCGAGCGCCAUAUUUGGCUUUGGCAGCAGUGAGCCGAUUUAGUUCGUAAAUUGCUACACCAGUCUCCACUACUCUUUUCCAGGCCGGUCGGUACUGGGCGAAGUUGUCUCAGGUGUCCGAGUGGAUUUAAAGUUUCUUGAAAGAGGUUUUCAAGAUGUCUUUGUAUCGUCGUUUUUUGUCCUCGUCGGUGAGUACUCAUAACGACAUCGUCGUAAAACAGUCACUUGGGUAGGCGCUCGUCGUCCAUCCCCACCGUAGUCAGAGUUCGAGCUGCCUCAGAAUGACUUGGAUGCUGAAGAUUCCGGUUAGGUUCAGGACUUCCAUAUUUGGGAUUCUGUUUUGCCACCUCAACUUAAGUAUUCUCCGGUGGCAGCUUAGAUGGAAGUAGUUAAGCUUCCUCGCCUGGUUCUCUCACACUAUCCAGGAGCAUCACGUCGCUCCGUCGUCAGGCGAGCGCUCCGGAAGAAGGUGCGGCCGACACACACCUCCUCCAGUUGACCCUGUUCGGGUGAUCAGGUCUCACUGGGAGCUUUAAUGUUCAAUUUGUAGCAUGCCAGUUUUCAAGCGACUAGCGUUUGCCCUCCUUUCUGGUCGGUUGUCUAAAACACAGUGACCAUUCCAGGUUGACAGAGUGAGCGGAGUCACUAGCAGCCUGUAGGGUGGGGUGGAAAUGGAAGGUAUGCUUUCGCACUGUGUUGCGGACGUGAGUUCACGGUCUACGUGCCACGGCCAGCCUGCAGACGGCGUGAUUAUCCAGCAUUUUUUCAGGGCACAUUUUCUAACCUAUUUCCCCGCGAGGAAGUAAACAGCAGUACUGCUAGAUAGGGCUGCUUAAUAAUCCCACGUAUCUGUCGAAUUUUAUUAUGGGUCAUGACUUUUUUUAGAAGGAAUGUGAUCCUAGUUAGCGUGGGUCACUUAUGGGAUUGCAUUUCGCCCUCCUCAUAGGGCUUUUUAAGCACUGAGGGGGGGGGGUGAGAGGGGAAUGUGCCAGGCAAUAGGAUUACUGGGUUUGUGGGCAGACACACCACUGGAUGCCCUCAUGUGGUUUAGUCCGUUGGUCGAGGCUUUUGGUGGGAUGUGGCCGCUAAGCAGAGCCUAGCUUCGUUGAGUCGCAGAUGAUCGCUUCCUUUUUUUUACUGUGUCCCCAUAUCGGGUUGUGGGUCUGUUUGCCUACAUACGUUUGCCCCCUCGUGUUUUAUCACGUCUUUCGCACUGACUUGAGAUCACAGUCUCUUGGGGACGGUCAUCACAUCUGCUGAUUUACGGACAUUGUAGGCGAUUUUUGAUAUGUAAUACUGUAACAAUGGUGCGCCGUCUUUCGCGGAAUGCAUGCUAAGCCUUUAUACAUAAUUGUUCUACUUAGUACUACCUACUUGAAGUCGUGCACUUAGUUUUUGCCCCGUCCCAUGUUUGGGACCGCCCAUAUGAGGCUCUCCUCCCUACUCUGCUCCAUAUUUUAUUCUUUGGGUGCCUUUUCAUUUCCUCCACGUUUUACUAACCCUUGUCAUUUUUUAAACGGAGUUCUUCAGUUGUCUUCUCUUCAAAACGUUCUUGAUAUUGUAUUUCAGUCGUAGCCGUAUUUAUUUGAUUUUCAAAGUGUCAAAAGUCGCCGUUGUGGUUUACACCGACUAGCUGGCACGUUUUUCAACCAGGGUUAUUCUGUCUGCAACUGGAAUUUGGACCCUCUCGCACACAGUUUUAGGUCAGCCUCCCCCUUUUUGCUUUCCUGUCUUCUACACUCAGGCUGUUCGACGUGCAUCUCGACGAAAUUUGCAAACCAAAUCCGACCUUGCCCGCAGGCGGCUUCUAAAUAGGAUUCUCCGUCGUAUGGCGAAAGCUGAAACUGACAGGAAAUCCACGAAAGGUUUAUUUGCUUUUUUACCUGAUCCACUUUACACUCACUUUCAUUAGAUGCCUGCGGCACCGUCCAUGCAGUAACAUCCGCUCUCCUCGUCCCUCGCCAUUAUAGAUCUGUCAGCAGAACUCCUUCAGCGACUGAAAAGCGGUGA